GAGCCGGGUGGUGCUAAGUAAACCGGACCUUAAAAAACAACCGCUAGGGCGGCGCCUGUGGCUCAGUGAGUAGGGCGCCGUCCCCAUAUACCGAGGGUGGCAGGUUCAAACCCAGCCCCGGCUGAACUGCAACCAAAAAAUAGCCGGGAGUUGUGGCGGGCGCCUGUAGUCCCAGCUGCUCGGGAGACUGAGGCAGGAGAAUCGCUGAAGCCCAAGAGCUAGAGGUUGCUGUGAGUCCUGUGACAUCAUGGCACUCUACUGAAGGUGGUAAAGUGAGACUCUGUCUCUACAAAAAAAAAAAAAACAACCGCUAAGAACCACAGCUGUUCUUCGCAAACUGCCGGACGCCACUGGACUCGCUCACAAGUCGCGGGGUUUGUGUGACAUAUUCAGGUAGACCUCAGCCUCGGGGCUAGCACACGACAGAGCUGCAGUUACGAAGCAGAAACUAGAAUCCAGGCAGCGGCACAGCAGGGACAGAAACGCCCUCGAAAGCUCCGGGUUCCAGUUUCCAUCAGGAGCUGUUCCAGGCCGAGGGACUCCGAGGUGCCAAAGCUCGGGGCCUCUAGGUUCCGUGGUCCUGAAAUAACAAAGUACCAAGGUUCGGGGGUCCCGAGGUUCCGGGAUCUGGGAUUCCGGCGAACAGCAACAGAAGUGGCACCGGCCCCAGACCGGUGGACCCGUCCCAAGACGCUCCGCGCCGAAGCCCAUUGGCCAGCGGCCUGCCCGCACUGCCCACGUGGACGCGGCACGUGACGCGUCCCGGAAGUCACCCGGCAGCUGGGCCCAGGCACCCGAGGUUCGGCUGUGCCAGUGGCGGGUGGCGGCGGCAGCGGCGGCAUGUUCACGGCGGGAGCAGAGAGUCUGCUCCGGCAGGCCAGGGAGGUCCAGGAUGAGGAACUGCAGAGGUUCUGUUCCCGGAUCAGUGUACUGCUGCAAGAGGAAAACUUGGGGCCUGAUGCUAUUGACUCUCUGCGGAGGCUUUUCCUCAUUGUCUCAGCCACCAAGUACAACCGGAGGCUGGAGAAGACAUGUGUAGACCUGCUGCAGUCCACCCUCUGCCUGCCUGUGUGCCCCGAGCCGCUCCAGGUUCUCUGUGCCGCCAUCCUAAAAGAGAUGUCACCCUCCGACAGCCUGAGCCUGUCCUGUGACCGCACCCAGAACACCUGGCAGCUGAGCCUGGUGGCCUCCGUGCUCUUGGCCCAGGGCAACAGGAGAGAUGAGGUCAGAACCGUGGCUCAGCACAUCCUGAGAGCCCUGGAGAGCCGGCAGCCUGAAGGGCCCAGCCUGAGGCACCUUCUCCCCAUCGUGUCAAAGGUUGUGGGCCUCAGCCCUGGCAUCCUCCAGGAGGACCAGACCACCCUGCUCAGCAAGAAACUCAUUGACUGGCUUCGAUACGCCAGCAUCCAGCAAGGGCUCCCACACUCUAGUGGCUUCUUCUCUGCAUCCAGGGCCCGGCAGCCAGGCCCCAUCACUGAAGUGGAUGGGGCAGUGGCCACAGACUUUUUCACGGUGCUGUCCAUGGGCCACCACUUUACGGAGGACCAAUGGCUGAAUGUGCAGGCUUUCUCAAUGCUACAGGCCUGGCUACUGCACGGCAGCCCUGAGGGCCCGGGUGCCCCAGACACAGAUGACAAGUCGGAGCUGGAGGGCUCUACCCUAUCAGUGAUUUCUGCCACUUCUGCCACCAGCCGCCUGCUGCCCCCCCGGGAGCGGCUAAGGGAGGUGGCCUUUGAGUACUGCCAGCGCCUCAUUGAGCAGAGCACCCGACGAGCUCUGAGGAAGGGGGACUCAGACCUGCAGAAGGCCUGCCUGGUGGAGGCCGUGCUGGUCCUGGACGUGCUGUGCCGGCAGGACCCCUCCUUCCUGUACCGUACCAUCUCCUGCCUGAAGGCUCUGCACGGGCGGCUGAGUGGGGAUCUGGCCUCUGUGCGGGUGCUGCUGCCACUGGCCCACUUUUUCCUGACACAUGGAGAGGCAGCUGCAGUGGACUCAGAAGCCAUCUACCAGCACCUGUUCACCAGGGUCCCGGCCGAGCGCUUCCACAGCCCCUUGCUGGCCUUUGAGUUCAUCCAGUUCUGCAGGGACAACCUGCACCUGUUUGGCGGGAAUCUCAGCGUCCUCAAACUGACUUUCCCUAACCUCUUUAAGUUCCUGGCCUGGAAUAGCCCACCCCUCACCUCAGAGUUUGUGGAGCUCCUGCCAGCUCUGGUGGACUCUGGCACAGCUGUGGAGAUGCUACACUCGCUGCUGGACCUGCCCUGCCUGACCGCAGCCCUAGACCUGCAGCUCAGGCAGGGCCCGAAUCAGACUCUGGGUGGCCUGUGCCAAAAGCCCAUGUCUCACCUGGCCUCAGACAUCUGCACUAACAGGUCGUGGCCAUCUGCAUCCGAGAGGCCACUCUGGGAUACCUCCCUCAGGAUCCCCAGCUGCCUGGAGGCCUUCCGGGACCCACAGUUUCAGGGUCUUUUCCAGCACCUGUUGCGCCCCAAGGCCAGCGGCACCAUAGAGAGGUUGGCACCACUCUACCAGUUGCUGCAGCCCAUGGCCAGCUGCGCUCGGGUGGCCCAGUGUGCUGAGGCCGUGCCCACCCUGCUCCACAUGUUCUUUUCAGCAGUGACCCAGGUCACCAAUGGGUCCCUGACCAACCAGCUGGCACUCCUGCUCCUAGAGAGAAGUGACUCACUUUACCAAGUCCCGCAGUACGAAGCCUGUGUGCACAGGGUGCUGAGCUCCCAGUUCCUGGUCCUGUGCAAGCUGAAGCCCUCUCUGGUGGUCGAGCUGGCCAGAGACCUCCUGGAGUUCCUGGGCAGUGUGAGCAGCAUCCAUAGCAGAGCAAGCAUGGUCACCAGCGUGGUGUGGGCUGUUGGUGAGUACCUGUCAGUGACCUGUGACCGGAGGUGCACUGUGGAGCAGAUCAACAAGUUCUUCGAAGCCCUGGAGGCCCUGCUGUUUGAGGUCACCCAGUCCCGUCCUUCUACCACCCUGCCUAGAUGUCCACCACAGGUUGUCACCGUGCUUAUGACCACACUUACUAAGCUGGCCUCCCGGAGCCAAGACCUAAUCCCCAGGGUCUCUCUGUUACUGUCAAAGAUGAGAACCCUGGCCCAGAGCCCAGCUUCCAACUGCUCACAAGUUGAAGAGGGCGCAGAAGCCAUCCGUACCCGGGCCACAGAACUGCUGAACCUGCUGAAGAUGCCCAGCGUGGCCCAGUUUGUGCUCACACCGAGCAUGGAGGUGUGUAGUCCCCGCUACCACCGUGACAUCAACACGGCCUUGCCUCUGGCCCUGGGCAUGGUCACCCGGCUGAUGGAGAAGGAGGCCGGCCUCCUGCCAGGGUGAAGGGACAGUGACCGGGUGGACACUGACUUGCACAUUAAGAGCCUAGGGCACCAGCAAGGUAUUAGGGACAAGCUGCUGGCUUUAGUGACAAGAGGAAUUCAGCAAGUCCUGGGCAAGGUGGGCUUAGUGCCCUCAGUGGCAGACUUAUCCCUUUUUUAGCUCCUGGGGCUGGUCCCUAAGCUCUUGGCUCUGGUGGCUGAGUUGGGCUGUAGCUCUUUUCCUGGGCUGGAUGGAACUGCUUGGUUUGUCCUGUUGUCCUUAUGUCUGGACAGUAUUUUUAUACAGCAAAAAUAAAUAUCCCUUACACAGUG